CCCCUGCUCUCUCUACUCAUGGCCCUGCUGGUGAUUAGCUAUAGCCCCGGUGGGUCUCUGGGCUGUAACCUGUCUCCGGACCACAUCCAAGUCAACAAGGAGAACAUUGCACUUAUGCACCAAAUGCAGAGAAUCAGCUCUUUUCGUUGUAGGAAAAACAGAAAGGACUUUAGAUUCCCCAGGAGAUAGAUGAUGGAUGGCAGCCAGGUCCAAAAGGCCCAGGCCAUCUCUGUCCUCCACAAGAUGUUCCAGGAGACCUCCAACAUCUUCUGCACAGAGCACUCUGCUGUCUGGAACAUGACCCUACUGCACGGGCUCCUCAGUGGACUCCAUUGGCAGCUGGAAGACCUGGGCACCUGUUUAGUGCCGCAGAUGAAAGAGGCAGAAUCUGCCCUGGGAACAGAGGACCCUAAAUUGUCCAUGAAGAGGUACAUCCAGGGCAUCUGUCUCUACCUCGAAGAGAAGCAAUACAGUAACUGUGCCUGGGAGAUUGUCAGAGUGGAAAUCAGGAGAGCCUUCUCUUUAUCAACAAAGUUGCUAGAAAGGUUAUAA